GAGGCAAACCAAAAACGUGCCCGGCCAUCAGUUUUCCCCGCGUUCUUCACCUGCUCCCCCUCCCCCCUCACCUCACCUCCUGCUUUCGCCCUUCCACCUCCCUUCAUAUAGCCAGCCCUCACCACUACCUCCUGGAGAUGGAGUUUCUUGGUUGAACUUUCGAAAAGCCACCAUAAGCCUACACCAAACUUAAUUCCAAGUUCUGGCCGGCAGUUGUUUCUCUUGUGGGACCAAUACUGCCUGUUUUCCCUGCUAUUGUAUUAGUCUAUCGCCUUGCCCAUUUGUUUGUCACUAUGCCGUCCACUGCAGAGACCCCCCGCGUCUUUGGGAGGAGUCAUCGGCAUCAGAAACCCAUGCCGAACGCUGGAACCAUUGCCAGGGAGAGCAGCACAACGAAACGGAGACUGAGCACCUUGGCGAGGUCGUUUUCCGCCAGAAAGACUUCACCUCCUGCCGAUACCGACGCAACGGACAUUUCAACAAACACACCUGGCACUACAACAGCAACGAAACCGGUACAGAUCGGGAUAGAGAGGGAGAGCUUUGGAAAUUGGCCCAACUCUGAGGGGGUGUGUCUCCUCCAUAUCAUUCCAUUAGCGGAUCAGCCUUGUGGACUAUAGCUUACACCGAGUGAUACGUUAAAGUUUGAUAUUUUCCACGACGAAAGAACCCCCAUCGAACUUAGAGUGACCGGAUCAAUUCCGGAGUAUGCUCUGUAUGGAUAUCCCCCGUGGAUCAGAAAACGGCCAUUAGCCAUAGGCUGACAAUAAAAUAUUUACAAUAGCGGUGUUCUCUAUCGUACUGGUCCCGGGGGCUACCAAACCGAGACCACUUCGGGCACAACAAUCAGUAUGUCCCACUGGUUCGACGCAUUCGCACAAGCCCACCGCUUCAACCUGGUCUCCCCCACGAAAGUCCUCUACAAUUCUCGCCACACCUGCGACGACCUGCUGCUGGAGAUACGAGAAACGGGUCACUUACCAGCAGGCUUCUCCUUUGGCCAGCGUCGAGACCCAUGCCAAAGCUUCUUCAAGAAGUUUGUAUCCCUCUUCGAACCACGAGUGGACCUUGUGGCAGGCGGGGCAAAGAAUGCAUCAAAGGUCAAUUGCGCAGUGACCAUAUCGACAAACUACCCCGGCCUCCCGGACGCUCCUAAUGCUUCAGGGGCUGUCAAAAAUUUGUACAACAAGACGGAUGCAACCACUCUUCAGGCUCUAGACCCGGAGACUCUCGAGCCCAUAGGCAUCGCGAAUCAGGCCUCUCUCCACCCGGAACUCAAAGGGCCCUGCUCUGCCGCCCACGCACGGAGUGAUCCGCUGACCGGGGACAUGUUCAACUAUAACUUGACCCUAGGAAAGCACCCGCAAUACAAAAUCUUCCAAGUCUCCAAGGCAACAGGCAAAACCACGGUCCUAGCAACCAUCACAGACGCUCCAGGAGCAUACAUCCACUCUUUCUUCCUAACCCCCCGUUACGUCGUUCUCUGCGUCUGGGGGGCGUACUAUUCCAUGGGCGGGCUCAAAAUGCUCUACCACAAAAACGUGAUAGACGCAAUCGACGCCUGGGACCCGAAUAAGCAGACAAGGUGGUACGUCAUUGACAGAACCGAGGCUAGGAGAUGCGUUGUCUCUUCGCACCCGUGCCCACCGUUCUUCGCCUUCCACUCCGUCAACGCGUGGGAAGAGGGUGGUACUGUGGUCGCAGAGGUGCCGGUGUAUGACAAUCUGGACGUCAUCAAGAAGUUUUACGUCGAGAAUUUAAAGGGUGACUCGAGGGCUGCAUGGACAUGGGCGGAGAAGGGUAGGCCGAAACUGACCCGUUGGAGGAUGGAUACUACAGUUGAUGGUAGCAAAGCAGAGGUAGUUUUCGAACUGGACAAGGACUCGAGCAUGGAGUUGCCCACUAUGAACCCGGACUUUGUCACUUUGCCGCACAGAUUCACUUAUGGGUUGCUCAACCGUGUAAAGUCCACCCUGUUGGAUGGUAUCGUCAAGUUUGAUUCUUCCACUAGGACUUCAUUGGUUUGGGAGGUGCAUGGUCAUACCCCUAGUGAAUGCACCUUUGUCCCAGACCCGCAGGGGACAGAAGAGGAUGAUGGGGUCUUGCUAAGCAUUGUGCUGGACGGGUUUGCGAAGAAGAGCUACCUUCUGGUAUUGCGGGCAAAGGACCUGGUAGAGGUUGCCAGGGCAGAGCUGGACACCGCGGUUAGUUUCGGGUUUCAUGGGAAACACGUGAAUGGCGAACGUUCCGUUGAGUGGUAGUUCCGGGAUUCUUCUCCUCCCUUUUCUCUUUUUUUCGUCAAUUCAGGUAUAUAAUAGGGGAGGCUUUUUUCUUUUAAGGUACCGAGCUCUCUUUGUUCACGGAUGCAUCAUCACAUAUCACGGGCGAAUUGUCAUAAGCCCUCUUCUCUUUUUCGGUUGCCCUUGCCUUCUUCUUGUCGCCCAUUCUUCCUUAGCCUAGCGUAAUUCAUUUCUAUAACAUCAUUAGCUACGAGAAAGGGGAGUUAAUGACCCCUCAAACAAAGAGGAAACGAAAAAAGAAAUAUUUCUACACGACCGCUGUGAGAUAAAAAGAGUGAUUUAAAACAAGAGACCAAAAACCAAAUCACAAAAUAUCACUCCACAAAAUCUCCACUUCGUCCCCCGCUUUUCCUAACAACCCUCACUCCCUCAAUCACCAUCCUCUUAUCC